UCGAUUGGUUAUUAGCUGUCAACAUGCUGAGGCUGUCGUCUAUUCACUUACUUUGCUUCUUCAUCCUCCCGGACCGCCAAGGAUCUUUGGCGGCUAUCGAGGACAAUGUCCAAACGGUUUGUCUACUGAGCGAUCCUGCCAAUCAGUGUGCCCCACACUGCCAGGGUACUUUCGUUCUGAUGAUCGACUCCAUUCAAGCAACCAGUGCCAAAAUGGAUGGGAUCCAACAGUCUCUGGACACCAAACUCCACUCCCAAUUGGUCACUGCGAAAGAGGACUUCGAGCGGAGGUUAAAUAUGACGAAGGAGCAUCUUAUGGCUGCCAAUUCCGAGGCGAGAAAAAAUGUUCAAGCCCUGCAGACCCAAAUGGAGUACCAGUACCAGGAGAUCGAGAAUUCUUUAAGGAAGACCAGCACUCAGGAAGAUCUCGGGGCGGCAGUGAAUCGCACGGAAGACCAACUGCUGGCGGUGGGUGUCGACAUGAAGAGGCAACUGCUGGAUUUCAGGAGCAGAGUGGAGGAGCAGCACACUGAGCUCCACGAAACGGCGAGCAGGAUCGUCACAAAGGGCGACUUUGAGGCGGAAAUGCAGACGGUGCAGAUGAGGAUGUAUGCCCAAAUUCAGGAACUUCAGUCGAAACUAGUGGGUCAGCAUAGGGAAAUCCAGGAUUCCCUAAGGCAGACCAACACCCACGAGCAAUUCGAGGCGAGACUCAACCAGACGGAUGCCAAGCUGCAGUUGCUCCAAUCGAAAAUGGAGGACCACCAGGUGGCUAUACAGAACUGUUUGCAGGAGCUGUUGGCCAAAGUGGAGGGCCAGCAGGCGUCCAUCAAGGACAGCCUGCUGGAAACGCUCCAGACCAAAACCAAUGUGCAAAUUAUACCGCCCAAGUUUGAGCAAAUCGGCAGCAGGUUCUUUUACAUUGAACAGAAAGUGCAACAGAAUUGGUUUGCCGCCUCGGCCACCUGUCGCCAUAUGGGUGGCCACUUGGCCGCCCUGCGAAACCAGGGCGAACUGAAUGCCCUCAAGGCGAAGCUGCCGCUCCAGGGUGUCCAAUGGCUGGGCAUCAACGAUCGCGAGGAGGAGAACAAGUUCGUAUCGGAGGCCUCCGGAAACUCAGCCACGUUUCUGAAAUGGGCUAAGGGGGAACCCAACAACCUCAACAAAAACGAGAACUGCGUGGCCCUGCUAAACGGCUUAAUGAAUGACGACAAUUGCCUGCUGCCACACCACUUUAUUUGCCAAGCAGGCAGCGAAGUUCUCCUCGAUUGGUACUUAGCUUCCAAUAUGCUGAAACUGGGAUCUCUUUUCUUCUGCUGUUUCCUUCUGCUGGGCCGAUCUUCAUGUCAACCGAACGAUCCUCCCAAUAAGAGUGGCCAAUUUUGCCUCACAACUCUCCAUCCUGUGAUCGAUUUAAUAUCCGAAACCAAUUCCAAACUCCUGUCACUGCAGUCAAAAUUGGAUGUCCAGGGGACGUUCGAGUCAAAGUUUAUACCGGCGAUUUUCGAGAAAAUCGGUGACAGGUACUUUUACAUCGAAAAAAGCUUAACAGCCACAUGGACUACCGCUGCAGCCAGCUGUCGUAAUAUGGGUGGAUUCCUGGCGUCGUUCGGAAGCGAACAAGAAUUCAAUGCCCUCAGGAAACACCUGUCAGAUAGGAAAACCUACUGGCUGGGCAUCAACGAUCGGAAAAAUGAGCAAGAAUUCAUAUCUGCAGCAUCCGGAAAACCGCCCAAAUUUGUUAAGUGGCAUCCUACAGAGCCCAACAAUCAUAACAACGAGGACUGUGUGUCCCUUUAUAGUGGCAAAAUGUUUGAUAGCUCCUGUAGCGCAUUAUAUUACUGGAUUUGCCAGGCCGACACCGAGCUCAAAAUGCUGCAGCUUUCAUCGCUUUUGUGCGGUCUGCUAAUAGUCCUAAUAGUCCUUGCCCUGCAAGGAUCUCUUGUAGACUCCCAGGAUAGGAGCGCACCCUACCCGUCCUUGGACAAUUACCAUACGAUCCUCGCCAGGCUGGAGGCAAUUGAAGCAGGGCAAGCCGCCAUGAAAAGGUCCUUGAACAAUGUGGAUGCACGGAUGCUGGUCAAAUUGGAGGCGAUAGAGAACACUCUGGCCAGAAUAGUGAGACAACAAGCAGCUAUUCAAGCAACGCCUCUCAGCAACCACUCCAAAAUCGAUUCGAGGGCCGUGCCACCAAACUUCGAGGGAAUCGCCGGCAGGUAUUUUUACAUCGAAAGAAGUUUAGUGACCACCUGGGCAUCGGCUGUAGCCACCUGUCGUGACAUGGGUGGAUCUCUGGCGACGUUCAGGAACGAAACGGAACUGAAUGAAGUCAGGAAACAUCUGCCCAAUGGAAGCUCCUACUGGCUUGGCCUCAACGAUCGGAAAAAAGAGGGAGAGUUCGUUUCGGCAGCGUCCGGAAAGCCGGCCAAAUACUUCAAGUGGUUUCAAAAUGAGCCCAGCAACACUGGAAACUAUCAGCACUGCGUUUCUUUUUACAACGGAGAAAUGUACGACAUUGCUUGUGACGAGUACUUGUACUUUAUUUGCCAAGACACCGAAUAA